AGCUUCGAAGCGGAUCUUUCCCCGGGGAGAAAAAUGUCGGGAAGAGGGAAGGGAGGGAAGGGACUGGGGAAGGGAGGGGCGAAGCGGCACAGGAAGGUGCUGCGGGACAACAUCCAGGGCAUCACCAAGCCCGCCAUGCGGCAGGUGGCCCGCCGGGGCGGGGUCAAGCGCAUCAGCGGCCUGAUCUACGAGGAGACCCGCGGGGUGCUCAAGAUCUUCCUGGAGAACGUGAUCCGCGACGCCGUGACCAACACCGAGCACGCCCGGCGGAAGACGGUGACGGCCAUGGACGUGGUGUACGCGCUCAAGCGGCAGGGCCGGACCCUGUACGGGUUCGGCGGCUGAGGGGGCCCCGGGGGAUCUUCUUAGGGGUCUGGUGGUUAGAGGGCUGGCGGGUCUGGUGACGUCAUGAAGCUGAAGACGAAUUGAUUUGUUAGCUGGGUUUUGUCGCUAGUGUUCUUCUGUUGAAUCAAAUGCGGUGUUUUUAGGAAUAGUUGUUCAAUUCAACGAUGGUGUUAAAUGUACUUUCGAUGUUAGUGCCUUUGAUAUGCGGCUACUGCGCUUUUGUUCUCCA